GGCUGAGGUUGUGUAAUUGUAACAGUGUGUGUAGAGACAGACAGCAAGGUUAACUGGUUAAGUUUUUAAGUUACUUGACUUCGAUCUUCAGAACUACGCCUACGCCUCUCUAAACCCUUUUCAUAUGGCCACGGCGGUAGAGCCAAUUCCAAACGGCACUCUUCAAUCAGAAUCAUAUACAAUCUUUGACGCCGCCGCGAAUCCUACGGAUGAAUCUGAAUCCGAGAAGAGAUGGCCAGGUUGGCCUGGUCACUGUGUUUUCCGGCUAAUUGUUCCCGUUGUUAAAGUUGGCAUCAUCAUAGGCCGUAAAGGGGAAUUGAUCAAAAAGACUUGCGAAGAGACUCAUGCUCGCAUUCGUGUUCUUGAUGCUCCAGUUGGUACUCCUGAUCGAAUUGUGCUUAUAUCUGGAAAAGAGGAUUUGGAGGCACCGCUCUCUCCUGCAAUGGAUGCUAUUCUUAGGAUUUUUAAACGUGUAUCCGGAUUAUCUGAAACUGAUAACAAUAAUACAGCAGCCGCAGGGGUUGCAUUAUGUUCCAUCCGUUUAUUGGUGGCGUCAACGCAGGCUAUCAAUUUGAUAGGAAAACAAGGCUCUUCAAUUAAAGCUAUACAGGAAAAUACGGGUGCUGUUAUUAGAGUUUUGUCGGGAGAUGAACUUCCAUCUUAUGCUGGUGCCGAUGAAAGGAUUAUUGAUUUGCAGGGAGAAACCUUGAAGGUCCUUAAAGCUUUGGAAGCCGUAGUCGGGCACCUGAGAAAGUUUCUGGUUGAUAGUAGCGUUAUUCCCCUAUUUGAGAAAACUUGCAAUGCAACAAUUUCCCAAGACCGCCAGACAGAUGCCUGGGCUGACAAACCAUCACUGUAUAGUGCUUCACAACCUAGCAUUGUUGCUGACAUUCCCACAAAGAGGGAUUCUUUCUUUGCUGACCGUGAAAGUCAAUUGGAUUCAUUGCUUUCUUCCUCGACAAUGUCGUUGUAUGGACAAGAUUCUUCUUCUAUUUCUGGUCUUCGUUCUUCGGCGUUUAAUCGUGCCAGUGCUUCCAUUGUUACUACAGUGAUACAAACAAUGCAAAUACCAUUGUCCUAUGCAGAGGACAUAAUUGGUAUUCAAGGGACUAAUAUUGACUACAUUCGUCGCACCAGUGGAGCUAUAUUGACUGUGCAGGAGAGCAGGGUGCCUGAUGAAAUCAUUGUGGAAAUAAAAGGCACCUCCACUCAAGUUCAAACAGCACAACAAUUGAUUCAGGAAGUUAUAACCAAUCACAAUGAAACUAUUGCCAGUAAUUAUGCUAGGUUAGAUACAGGGCUGAGGUCUUCUUACUCUCAAUUGGGUAGUUCAUCCUAUCCAUCAUCUUCUUUGCCAUCACAACCCUACAAUGGGUAUGGAUCUUCUGGUCCAGGGGAUUAUAGUACUUUCAGACUUUAAAUUGGCAUCUUGAAGGGAACAUAAUCUUGAGGCAAAUUGUCCCAGCUGGGUCUGAUUGGAAUGUAAUAUAAAGCAACAAAAAGCAUCUUUCAUAUUAUCUGAUAUAUCAUUUGAUGGUGUAAUUUUAAAUGUGGCUAAGAGAUGUGUAAUGCAAUAGAAAAUAUAAUGAAAUAUCAAAUUAUUAACCAUUUUCAGGAUGUUCAGUUUCGUAGUGUAUAUGUGCAUGGGUUUGAACCUUAACCUUAGGAUCUAUAGUGGCUUUGAAACUAUUUUACACAUCUGUUUGUUUUUAAGUUUGCACUGCCAA